AUGGAGAUUUGGCCGGGUAAACCUUAUAGAUUCUUGCUAUGGAACCCUUCCACUAGAGAAUCAAUAAUACUUCCCCAUUUAGAAUUUUCAGACGAGGAAUUAUAUGCUUACGGAUUGGGAUAUGACUCUACUACUGAUGACUAUAAAGUCGUUAAGAUUGACAUUAAUGACCAAGUUGAUGAAAUUCUUGCGCUGAAAAGUGGUUCCUGGAAAAGAAUUCAUGAAGGGGAAUGUUUGGCACUUGUACAUGGAGCAUUUCAUUGGUACGGAUAUUCCGGAGGGCGAGUUGUGAAUUCAUUGAAUAUUUCGAGUGAAAAAUACGAAAUAAUACCUUUUCCAGAAACAAGCGGGUUACAAAUUUCUUCAGACGAUGAGCUGGGUGUAUCAGUGUUAGGAGGAAUGCUUUGUGUUUAUUUUAGCAACGAGAUAACUUUUAAUUUAUGGGCAAUGAAAACUUAUGGCGUCAAAAAAUCGUGGACCAACUUGUUCACUAUACCAACUAACGGACAACAUCCUACCCCGAUGUAUAGGUUUUCAAAUGGUGAAGUGCUACUUAACGACAUGAAAUAUUCGGGAAGAGAUGUAUACAGGAUAUCCGAUGGAUCAUUUGGAUUAAGCAAUCGAAUAUGGCCUUUGAAUUCUGAUGAUGAUAUUGAUGGAGUUAUGACAUAUAUUGGUAUUGUUUAUACAGAAAGUUUGAUUAAUCCAACAUUGGGUCACUAA